GUAAUCCAUGGCCUAUAAAAUAAACAUACAAAGUCAAAACAAAAAUUUGGUCGUAGGGGUCGUAUUAUUGGGAUGCCGCAUUAGAUUUUUAUAGAGAGAUUUAUUAUACAAUUGUGUUGUGACACCUUAAAUGUGUGAUUGAUUAGUUAAUAAAAUGUGAUAUUAUCUCGAUGUUAACUUUAACUGCACACUCAACGCUGUUUAAUUCUGUUAACGUAAAUAUUUGCGGAAACAAUGGAACACAUUCGGCAACAUGAUUGGUGCUCAUCAAAACCUGACAUACACUUUGUAACCGAGAAAGAUAUAGACAAUUGUGUAAUAGAAAGGAUCCUGCGAAACAAAUUUCACGAUCCUCUUUUAUCCAGUGAUAACAGUGAUACCGAUGAUGAGUCACAGAGAGUUAAAAUUGAUUGGGACGAAGUCUUCAAGAAGAAAGAUAGUAAUUUCAAGCAAAAGCACUACAUACCAGGAAUGCAUUCCUUACCACCAUGUCCAAAGUUAUCAGCCCUGACAGCGCAACAACAUUUCCAAAUGCUGAAAAUGCUGAGCGUUAGGAACCCAAAUGUCUUAUGCGUUCACCCUGUGUAUUAUAAUCCAAGUCGAUUGGAUUUAAAGGUAUUUGAGGAUUUCAAAGAAAUUUAUGAAAAAGAACAAAAAGAAUUCAAAGAAUGGGCAAAAUCUCUGUGGACCAGUAACCACUGUGUUCGUGCUUUAAGGCCCAAACCCACAAUAGAGAUGGUAUAUGAAGCAGAGUUUAAAAUGAGAGCUAACGAGAUGGCAGCAUUCCCUAAACGAUAUGAAAUGGCAGCUCUGAUUCCAUUCGACAACAAUCAGAAGGGAUGUGAAAUUGUUUUUCGAAAGACUCUUAUCAAGGUUGAUAUAUCACAAUUGCCGAACAUCGAAUACCCUGACUUACAGAAGAAGUGCACCAUACUUACUCCGUGUCCUGUACCUGAACCUUGCACAAAGCAUCCUGUUAGAUUCAUACUGCCAAAUGAGCAAUCAAUGUCAAUUCUACCAAAAACAGAGGUGCACAGAGAACUGGCGCAAUAUGCAUAUGACAACGGAGCUAUGUACAUAGCCAGUGAGAACGCACUCAAAUGUAUGGUUGAGACAGACCUACAUUGGGCCAUACCGGUAUCAGUCUGCGAAGUCAUUGGGGCAGAAGGCGAAAAAGUGAAUGUAUUCGUGUUUGGAAGCGAGUUCUCGAACAACAGAGAACCGGCACAGACAAGGACGUACAAAGCGUUUAGACAUUUAGUAGAGUCUGCUUUUGUAUCGACAUCAGAAAAAAUUAAAAUCUUAAAAGAAAAUGAAAAAGCUGCAGAUGCAGAUAAGAAGAAAAAGGAAGUAAAGACUGUUCCUACAAAUAACAUUACCACCGACGACCUAUCCAGCGAUGACGAAGACCAUUUGGUUAUUGCAGAUGAUGUUUGUGAAAUAAAUGUCCCGGAAAACAUUGAACCAGAGAAGCCAAAGAAAACUAAACCGACCGAAACAAAACAAAAAGAACAUAUCAUUUUUGAAAAGCGAGUUACAAGAAGUAUGAGCAAGUCAGACGAUGAUGAUGAAUAUGAUGACAUUGAUGAAUCCGUAUCAAACCACGAUCCAAAUAAUGCAACGAAUAUUGACUGUGAAAUUGAUGGCUUUCACGACACGAAUGCGACGGAAUCGGAUAAUGAAACUGACGACAUUGAAAUGCAUUGGACUAAAAUGGACAAUUCUUAUAUUAAUGAGACGAUUUUGAACGAUCCUAAAAAAAAUUGCACACCAUUUGACAUUUGUGAAAUAAUUGGCGUAAAAUGGGAUGACCGUGAAAUAAAUGUAACGGAAAUUGACGAUUGUGGGACGGACGGAACGACAUCGAACGACAAUGAAACGGAUGAAACGCGAGCACAUACAGCGUUAACAAAAAAUUAUUCCCCAAAACAAACUGAAAAAAGGAGUACUCUCUUUGACAUGUCAGAUGCCGAUUACGAUUCGGAUGCGUCAAUGGCCCUGGAAAUAGUUUCGGAUUCGGAAUCACCCAAAAAAGAAAACAAUAAAAAUAUGUCGCAAACCAUAGGAAAGAAGAAUGCACAUACACCGAAAGCUCAGAAAAAAGAAUCACCAGAGAUAAUCAGAGAUGGCGAUUCUGACAUAACUGUAGUGAAAAUAAAACCAGACCCUGAUGCACUUGAAGCUGGAUCGUCAAAAGGAAAGGAUGAAGGCGUGUCGCAAUUACGAAGGCAACUCAAAACAUACGCUUCGAAAAGUGAAAAGAACAAGAUUGUUGUUGAAAAAAUGAUUACCCGAAGCAAAAGCAGAGACGAUGAAUAUGAACCCAAAGGGACAAUACAAAUGGAAAUAAAACCUGAUCCGGAAACACUAAACGCUGAAUCGACAAAGAAGAGACAGGAUCAAAAGGAACGGAAACCACACGAACAAAAACAUCAAGAAAUCAAUGUUGUCGAAAAUAGGAAUACUCGAAAAAAUAAAGUAUCAGAUCCGGAAAUACAAGAAACUGAAACGUCAAAGGAAAAGACGGAUGUACAAACAACAAAAACAAAAGAAAAGGAAAGCAAACAUCCUAAAAAUCAGGAGAACAAGAAUCCAAAAACUCAGGAGAGCAAGGAAGGUGUCUUACCUUUGAAGAACAAGGAUGACGGUUUCGAUUCAGAUUCGAUUGUACAACCGGACUUAAUGUCAGAUUCGAAAACACAAACAGAUUCUACGUCAAAGAAAGACAGUGACGAACAGACAUCGCAAACAAUAGCAAAGAAAAGGAAAGCACAUAUACCAAAAAAUCAAGUAACAUACGUAAAGAAAGUAAAACCUCCUGAAAGUCAAGACACUGAGAAAGAUAAGAAUAAUGAUAAAAACGAAAGCGAUGUAAACAAAAAAAACGAUGAUAGGAAAGACUGUCAUCGCAGAGAUUCGUUUUACAAAUGCACAUGUGAAGAUUCUGCAUUCAAGAAGCCACCGCCAAGAUCGUUUACAAAGUACUUAGUUAAGAACAACGCCACUCACGAAAAGUUUGAUCUCAUCGUACAUUGCUCACAUAAGUAUAGGAACCAAACCUACGAAGUGUUAUUGGAGCCAGUACCAGAGUAUCAGAUCGACCUCGGUGCGAGCUAUCAGUCGCCGCAAAAGCUCGUCAGCAUGGCGCUCUCGCUGCAUCUACGCACGUGCUCCAUGUUGUUGAAUGUGAGAAUUGACAGUCCAACUGGCGACGUGGUAAGGAUUGACGAUAUGCGUCGAGAUCUGUUGGAAGCAAAGUUGAUUCGAGAAGCGGCGAGUGUCAUACAUUCCGCCUUAAGUCAACUGCAGGGCUUGCUCCCUGGACAUUACAUAUUGCAACAUGAGCCAAGUCACGGCUCCAACGCUCUACUAUUCGCACCAAGAGUGACCGCUGCGAAGGACAAACAGCGUUUAACAUUGGACUUCGACUGCUCGCAAAUGGCAGAAACCGACGAGUCCAAGACCUUGAAGACACCAACUUUGACCGAUAUACUAUUGCCAGCGCAUAAGUUUCGUAGAAUCCUGCCGUGUGCGUUCUCCCCGUUCGAGCACCACGUCGCGAAGGAGCCAAAGAAGCCAGUGGCCAAGCAGAAACCGCCUCCGCAGGCCAUCAAGUUGGGCGGCGAGGAAAACACCGAAAGCAAGUGGCCAAAGAAGAAAGGGGGCAGGAAGAAGAAGAAAAACCGAAAUAACAACUGAAGAUUGAGAUAGAAAUAUAAGAUAAACAGUCCUGUAAUACUGUGAUCAUUUAUUCAUAAUCUGUAUAACUUAUUAUUAGAUGUAAAACAUAAAUAAUGGAUUUACAGGAAUAAAAAGAAUGUCAGGUCCUCUUUAGGCGUAUCAUAUAUCCGAUAUCGGUGACCAAAGUUCUGACCUGGCAGAUUCAAUCUAAAGGCAUUCGCUGCCCGAAGCACAACAGCCUAUGAUUGAAAAAUAAAUUCCAAACGUUUAUUCAGUUUUAUAAAUCGUGAAGCUUGAAGGCUAAAAUUCAAUAAUUCAAUAAAAUUCAAUAAUUUAAAUGAUUUAUAUAAAAUUAAUUACGAAAAAACUAUCGUUAAUCUCGGUCGCAUAACGGUGACUUGAAUUAGGAACUUGAAUGUACUGUGAGGCUCAUGUGUAAUGUGAGGCUCAUGUGACCGGCGUUACGCACCACAUGCACCAUUUACGCCGGUUCCGCUUCAGACAGCGAACGCCUUAAAAGGAACCAUUCUUCAGCGCGACAUGAAUGGCUCAUUUGCUACAUAUUUGCGAAAAUUGUUUAACAAUCUACAUAUCAUGUUCGGUAGUUUCUCCUUUCUCGAAUUUUUUAUAAAAUUAUAAACACGCCUAUAGGCACUUCGUUUAGUACUUAGUACUCUAUUCUUAUAAUAAACGUGUACUAGACCUACGGGUGUACUGCUGGUAUUAUCGGCUCUGCUAUAUGUUUAGAAAACGAAUAUUUUAAGAAGUUACGAUAAAGUUCCUCUGACAUUUUUCUUUCAAAGAGGAAUAAAUAUUUUUCACUUUGUUAAAAAAUACUAGGACGAAGUCACGUGGAUG